UAUAAUUUCCGUCCAAAGAUAAAUUCAUCUGUAGGCUAAUAAUUCCAUUGUAUACAACUACAUUUGUAAGUCAGAGUUUAAACACAGGACUUGAAAGCAACUUGGUCCUUAAUCUUAAAUCCGCAUGCAUUUACCUUUUUUGAACACUGGAGGGCAAUGUAGGCCACAGCUGAUGGUCACUGGAAGAGUAAACGGGUACCGGGGAGACUUGGACUUCACCCAAUGUGACAGGUGCUCUGAUCUUGUCUGAAUGUCAGUGACGCCACCAGCAUGGUCAACACAGGGUCAACAGCAACAACAGGUGCUCCUCACAACAUGCCUAAGAAGUCAGAGGGUCUGGUGGAUGAUGGCCACUCAAGGACCGUCUCAGGUUUCUGACAAGGGGCCCAGACCCGUCAGACCAUGAACUACGUGGGCCAGUUGGCAGGGCAGGUGUUUGUCCAGGUCAAAGAGUUGUACCGAGGUCUCAAUCCUGCCACCCUCUCUGGCUGCAUUGACGUCAUCGUAGUGAGACAGCCCGAUGGCUCCCUGCAAUGCUCACCCUUCCACGUUCGCUUCGGCAAGAUGGGGGUCCUCCGGUCCCGAGAGAAAGUGGUGGACAUGGAGAUCAAUGGAGAAGCAGUGGCUUUACAUAUGAAGCUUGGGGACAAUGGAGAGGCAUUCUUUGUCCAAGAAACAGAAAAUGAUCAGGAAGUUGUUCCCUCCUACUUGGCCACCUCUCCCAUCUUGUCAGAUGGAGCCAUUCUGAUGAGCUCCUCUCUGCUGGGGAAGAGCUCUGGGCCUCCCAUACAGACCUUGGGCUCCACGGGGAGCGCCGGAGAGACCGGUGGUUUGAUGAUGAAGAAGAGGAGGAAGAGGAGGAGGAAGGCCCGAGCGGACAGCAUGCGGAGGGAGGAGAGCGGAGACUACUCUGAGGACGAAGACAUGUUCACUAUAGACAUCAGCUCAGAUGAAGGGACGGAGAUGGAAAGCAACAGGCAGAGUGCAACAAGUUCAGGCAUGAUCUCUGUGGGUCUUGAAAGUCGUUUUGGAAAAUGGGUGAAAAGUGAAAGGUCUUCGUCUCGGGAUGUCUUGAGAGACGAGGCAACAGCUGGUUCGAACGGUGGUUCUUUCAAACAGACUGGCGUCUACACUCGUUCAGAUGGAGAGUGGAGUCCUAUUCAGAGCCCUGGAAACUCGCGUCCCACCUCUCCUAAGAGUGACUCUGAGCUUAUGAUGAAGCCAUCAGACACAGACAAUCAGAAUCCAGCCAUGCACUGGGCCUGGGGAGAGCUGCCACAGGCUGCCACGCCAUCCUUCCUCCCAGUGAAAUCCAACACUCCACAAGUUUGUCCCGUAUCCAUCCCUGUAUCUGAGAACACACACUUUCGUGUGAUUACUCAUGAGAUGUCCGCAGAACGGUGUGGACCCUGCUCUGAAAUGUCAGCAGUCAGACUGCUCAUGCCGGAGGAGACAGCAGCUACUGAGGAAACAGUUGUCACAGUCAGGAUGGAGUCGGAAUCUUCCAGGAUGGAGUCCCAGGCGCAGGUUACAACAGCAGGAGGUGCGGCAGCUCGUAUGAUGUCAGACAUGGAGGAGACAAUGAACCGUCCGCUAGGCAAGACGGACUCUCCAUCCAAGAGAAAGGACAAAAGGAGCCGCCAUCUUGGUGCUGAUGGAAUCUACUUGGAUGACAUCACAGAGCUGGAGCCCGAAGUGGCAGCCUUGUAUUUCCCUAAGAGCGAUGGCGGUGCAACAAUGAGGAGCAUCUCAGACCCGGGCCUCCACAGCACCAGUCUGUCCCCACAGUCGCUCAGCUCUGGAGGAGACAGCGGUGUGGACAGCUACUGCGACCACAUGGCUGACCUGCCGUCCAUUGCCAUCUCUCUGUGCGGUGGCCUCACUGACAACAGGGAGAUCACUAAAGAGCAGUUCCAGGAGAAGAUCAUCUUGUACCAACAGUUUGUAGAGAACCCCUCCAUCAUCGAUGACCCCAAUUUAGUCGUGAAAAUUGGAUCCAAGUACUAUAAUUGGAGCUCUGCAGCUCCACUUAUGCUGGCUAUGCAAGCUUUUCAGAAACCACUGCCAAAGGCUGCAGUGGAGAACAUCAUGAAGGAGAAGAUGCCCAAGAAAGGAGGGAGGUGGUGGUUCUCAUGGAGAGGGAGGAACAGCAGCACCAAAUCGGAUUCAGUCUCUGGGGCGUGUGGCUCUGCUGAACAAGCUGGGAAAAUGUCAAGCAGACAUAAAGAAGAGUCGUCCUCUAGUGAUGAAGACCACGGGGCAGCCAAGCAGAGCUCUUCCUCCGUCCAAUCAGAGCCUGGGCUCACAACAGGAGGCGUGUCUUAUAAGAAGACACUCCGACUUACGUCAGAGCAGUUGCUGUCUCUCCAGCUGCAGGAUGGUCCCAAUGAUGUUGUGUUCAGUGUGACCACUCAGUACCAGGGAACCUGUCGCUGUCAGGGAACCAUCUACCUCUGGAACUGGGACGACAAGAUAAUUAUCUCUGACAUAGAUGGAACCAUCACCAGGUCAGACACCUUGGGUCAUAUCCUGCCCACACUGGGGAAGGACUGGACCCACCAGGGCAUUGCACAACUCUACCACAAAGUCAGCCAAAAUGGCUACAAGUUCCUGUACUGUUCAGCUCGAGCUAUUGGCAUGGCGGACAUGACCAGAGGUUACCUCCACUGGGUCAAUGAGAGAGGCACCAUGCUUCCUAUGGGCCCUGUGCUUCUGAGCCCCAGCAGCCUCUUUUCAGCUCUGCACAGGGAGGUGAUUGAGAAGAAGCCAGAGAAGUUCAAGGUGGAGUGUCUCACUGAUAUCAAGAACCUCUUCUACCCCAACACACAGCCUUUCUACGCAGCGUUUGGCAACAGACCAACGGAUGUAUAUUCUUAUAAAGAAGUAGGAGUCCCACUGAACAGGAUUUUUACAGUAAACCCCAAAGGCGAGCUGGUGCAGGAGCAUGCCAAGACCAACAUCUCAUCUUACGUACGUCUGGGUGAGGUGGUGGACCACGUGUUUCCCCUGAAGAUGCGAGCCUCCUCCUCAGACUUCCCCUGCUCAGACACCUACAGCCACUUCACCUACUGGAGGGAGCAGCUCCCCCGGGUGGACCAUCAGGGAACUACACCUCCGCAGACUCCCAGCCCUGGCAGCUGACUACCUGUGGCCUGCUGAGUGGCUCGCAGCAGGCAGAGCACUGACUGACUGAUGGUGUGCUUGAGAUGUCAUUUAGACAGUAAUGGUUACAUACGUGUGUGUGAUAUGACGUUGUAGAUUUUUUUGUAGAAGACCGAGCACUUUUAGUGCACAGCUGAGAGCUACAUCAGUAGGCUUAUCUGCUGUGAAUAGUCUUAUAACGCACAAGAUGGAUGUAAGCGCACUUUUAUUAAAAGAGGGCCGCUGUGGCCUUCGGACUAGAUGUAUGUAUAUGAGAAAUAAUAGUAAUUUAUUCAGGCAGCUUAGCACAUAUUAUUUCGGAGUGAGCGUUGACCUUCUAGACUAUUUAUGCACACGGUUGCAUACUGUAUCUAACAGACAUACCUAUGGCAUCUGUUCAGAAGUGCAUCAGACAGAAAACAACCAUAUUGCAAGUCACUUAAACUUGUGCCAAAUGCUCAAUGCAGAAUUUAUUUUCUUACUCUGAACUUUUCCAGUCAAGACUGUUACACUUUACAGAUUGUUCAAUCAGCAUGGAAAUGCAAAUAUGUACGUGCAAGUAGUUCAUUCUACUUCAUAGCAACAUAUGUGUGUGUGUGUGUGAAUCAUGGGUCCGUUUGAAAGAGUCAGUAUUAGUUAUAGUACACUCAAAUGUACUACAGAGCACACGUGCGUAUGAAUGAACGUCAUGUAGUUUGAUAUUAAAACGUGUCAAGAGCUUUUAUGGGCGAGUCCCGAUGAAAGGUAUAAAGAGUUUCAAAUGAAUAUUUAUUGUUGAGAGAAAGUGAUGCAAACAAGUGAACGGAAUGCACAACAUUUUUCAGUCAUAUCCAUCAGUUUUCUCUAAAAAAGUGAGCUGAGUUGCUGAAUCAUUUUUAUUUUUCUAUCUAAAUCAUGCAGUGUGUGUGUGUGUGUUGUGAUUAGAAUUGUAUGUAAUUUCUGUGGUGGCCUUCAUGAAAUGCCUUUUAAUUUAUUCCUCCAAUUACAGGUCCUACAGUUCAACACAUUGAUCAUCAUGUCUACAUGACUGAGAUUAUGCUCAUGUUGUAUUUAUUUCACCUGAUUAGAAACUGACUGGUGAACAAAUGUAGCUUACCCUUGUGUUUUAACAUGAACCCAUUUGUUCUUUUACAGUAGCUUUUACUGCCUUUCCCUCUGUAAUAUCACUCCAAAUGAAUAAUUGACCUUUUUCUAAGUUACAGACAUACAUAAGUUACAGUAUUUCUCAUAAUACCACAGAUAAUAUGAGGUUAAUAAUAUGGGGAAAUGUUUUGUUUUUCAGUACAAGCUGCUAUAAUGGUGAUCUGUGGGUUUAUUGUGAAUAUGCUCCCCUCAAUAGUUUCAUCAAAGUAGGUGUGAGUAAGCCUAUAGUUUAUGAGAGAUGAUGUGUAUAUAUGCUUUAAAUAUGGUAUUAUUCUUUCCAUGAAAGAGCUCAAAUAGCCUCAAAGCUUUCUGUAUUUUUUGCCUUAACUGUGAACAUUAUGAUCAAUAAUUAGCUCAGUCACUCCCUCCACUCUCUGUUGUUGACCAGUUCACUGUUAAAUUGGUGUAAUCAAACUCAAUAAAAAAUGCCUUGGUACAGCA